ACUUACGUAGUGUAGUGUAUGUAUCUAAUAAGUUAUUUUUCUAUAAUAACAAGUAGUUGCAUAUUCCAUUCACACAUUAACCAACGAGACCACACCCACAAGCAGUUGCCCAGCCGCAUUGCCUUCCCUUAUCCGUGGUGUGCAUCGAUAGGGACACGUAAUGUUCAGGAAGCCAUUCCACGUAAAAACCAACUCGGCAAUCAAAACGAGUGAAUGUCGCAAACUACGUGCCAAUGUGCUGCAGGCGUUUCCCUCCGUCACCACUGAGCAGCUGGAUUCUGUGGUCCCUGUCAAGGGAGAGGUGCGCCUAGCCAAACUGCAGACCAGCGCAGACGGCAUAGUGCUGUGCUAUGUGGUCAACUCAGUGCCACUGUUCUUCAGCACCAAAGACGGGCCACUCCUCCCCACCGUCUAUGCCCUGUGGCUGCUCCCGUCGUGUGUGCCGUCUCUCAGUACAAACUCCUUUGUCGCUAAGAAGAUCCUGGGUGGUGCAGACCUGAUGCUGCCGGGUGUGGCUGUGCCGAGUGACAACGUGCACUGUUUGCCACCGCUUACUGUGGGUGAGCCAGUUGCGGUCAAUGACUGCAUAACCUCUGCAUUCGGGGCGUUUGCGGUAGGUAAGAUGCUGAAAAGCAACCGCGACAUCAAAUUCGAUGGCAUGAACGGCAAGGGAGUGGCGAUUCUGCACUAUGUCACAGAUUACCUGUGGGAGUUUGGCCCAAAGACACAACCGCCUUCAACCAUCCAGCGCGAGCAAACCAUGUGGACCUCGGCCGAUGGAUCGUCCGAAAACGAAGAGACCUCCGCACACAGCGACACAGACGACACGGGCGCGGCUGUACAGACCACCGCUGACAACAGCUCACAACCUACGCACGGAACCACAGACUCACACGCUCAAACGGAUGAACACACUGAAGACACGCACACAGCAACACAGACCGAAAGAAACACACACAGAGACGACGCAGCACCGAUGAGUGCAGAGGAGGCGCUGAGAUACGCAUUUCUGACGAGUUGGAAGACCAGUGCCAAAAGCGACAACGUGUUGCCUGUGCUUGUGUCUGCGUUCUAUGGCAGUCAUAUGGUGCCUGCGAGAAUGCCAGGUACCGAUGGAUUGGAUAUAAAGGGAAGCAAGUAUAAGAAAAUCGGUAAGUUUUUGCAGGAUAUGGAGAAGGAGGGUAUCAUCACGCUGAAGGAGCAAAGCAAGGGUGUAUCAGUCAUCACGUCAGUCAAUCGAACGCACGAAGCACUGGCGCACCACCGCGUAAUCAAGGGCACAGUGAACAAGGAAGUGUCAGACACGGCAACCAGCGGUAAACGUGGCACUGUGACAGAUGUGUACAGACCUAGUGACACGCUGCGGUUCUUAUUCGAUGCGAAGCAGGAGACUAAGCACACCUACGUCACAGACAGACAAAUGCGCCAACUGAUCGACCAGUACGCAGACGCCAACGGCUGCGUCUCUAAGACUAACCCCCGAAUGCUGGUAUGUGAUCCCUGGUUGGGUAAGCUGACCAACCAAUUAGAGAUCGCUCGAGACGAAAUCACCAAAUUAGCCGUACAGAAGUGUCAGAAGUAUCAUCAGGUCACCGCAGCCGAUGGCUCCACAACCAUACGGAAAGGAGCCUUCAAACCAAUAGAGAUAAUCAUAGAAAAGCGUAUGGGCACGAAGAUGGUGACACUGAUUCGGAAUCUGAAGCCGUUUGAGAUACCGUUAGCAACAUUUGUGAAAGAGAUCUCCAAUGUAAUGGCAAGCAGCGCUACAGUCCAACCCAGUCCAAGCGCCGCAGGUGGAGAGCAAGAGAUCUUAGUACAAGGCAACGCCUCUACGCAGGCUGUCAAGUUGCUCUCCGAGAACUACGGGGUCGAUAAAAAGCAUGUGAGCAUUGUGAAUAAGUCCGGUGCCAAAGGCAAGAAGAAGAAAUGAAGCGAACGAAUAACACGUAGACCGUAGACGCUACAAUACACGAGGCGACUAAUAUCAGACCCGCCAGAAAUGCGCAAAGUAAAUACAGUCACACCGUCAAUGUCACUGG